AUGUCGAGCUUUCCAUCACUAAAGGGCCGGCGAGCCUCCUCCACCACUCAUUAUCAGACAUUCUCGACACCUCCACCAAAAUCUGCUGGCCGCCCCCUUUCUGCGGAGUCUGCGUCUUCCAACCAUUCUUCGUCUCACCACAACCCAAGUGAACGACUUGAUGCUCCGACAUCAACCCCAAUACCGAUUCAGCAGAUGUCUGUGCUCGCAUUCAUCGCUCUAUGUGAGCAGACCGCGCUUAAUUCUAUAAGCCCGUACCUGCCUGCCAUGGCAGCCUCCUUUCCGGAGGUUGAAGCCCAUGAAGUUGGGAUUUAUGUCGGCACAAUUGCCUCAGCCUUUGCGCUCGCGCAAUUCUCUACCAACUUCUUCUGGGGUUGGUUAUCGGAUCGUAUUGGGAGAAAGCCGGUUAUUUUAUUAGGAACCAUUCUCACUGCCAUAUGCUUUCUCGUCUUUGGCUUCUGCAAAACGCUGUGGCAGGCUAUCGUCGUUCAACUCUUCAUGGGUCUGGUGAACGGAAACCAAGGAGUGGUUUCCACGUGCUUGGGAGAGAUAACGGAUCGCAGCAAUCAGUCGCGGGCUUUUACGUACCUUCCUGUGAUCUACGGAAUUGGAGGUAUUACUGGCCCGAUCUUAGGAGGGUUGCUGGUCCCAAAAGAUCCAACUAGUCAAGGAUACCCGUUCCUUGCCCCAAACCUUGUGUCUGCUGCUAUUCUAAUCGGGGAUUUUAUUGUCAUAUCAAUAUUCUUGGAAGAAAGCGUGGAAGGAGCGGAAAUGCUACCUCGAAUCUACAGAAAAUUCCGGCAUAUAUUUGCCUGGUUGUGGCAGUUUAACAGCUCGUCCAGACCAACCUAUCUGCGCAAUGACGCUGAUGCGGAUUACACGCGGCGCUCUAUCCGCCAUGGGAAUCGGCAUUACGGAGAAUGUCUCGGUAGCGACGAAGAUGACGACGAUAUGCCCGUCACCCCCCUUUUCCCUCACCAGUCCCAUAACGAAGUCCUCAACCGUGACGAAAUCUUCAAUAGAGACAUGAUACUACUACUUCUCACUUAUCUGAUCUUUUCUCUAUCUAAUGUCUCAUUUAACUCCCUAUACCCUAUCUUUGCGCAAGCCCCACCUCCUACCGGCCGACAGUUCAAUCCAAAGGAGAUUGGCAUUUCCUUGGCCUUUGCAGGCAUCGUCACGAUCAUUUUCCAAAUAUGUGUAUUUGGAAGGCUUCGUGACAAGAUGGGGAAUAGGUGGUCUUAUCGGGCUGGCCUAGUUGGCUUCGUUGCGUCGUUUAUCCUGAUGCCUUUCAUUGGCUAUAAGGAUGGAUCUAAUGUGGACUUGGCGAUAUCAAACCAAAAUGCCAUGGUAGCUGUGGAAGUUUGUGUAGUGCUGCUGAUCAAAACCGUUGCAACGGUCGGUGGUCUUACCAGCGCAUUGCUAUUGAUCACCAACUCAGCGCCAGACCACUCUGUACUUGGCUCUCUCAAUGGGCUUGCUCAAACCCUCUCUGCUGCAGGGCGUGCUGUCGGACCAUUUUUAUCUGGGAGCCUUUUCUCUCUGGCUACAAAAGUACGGCCGAAAGGAGAAGCUCUCGCAUUCGGUGUUUUUGGUGGAGUGGCCUUUGUUGGAUUCCUCCUGAGCCUUGGUAUUCGCUCUCGGAACCUCGAGGCCGAAGGCUGGGGAGAUGAAGAUGACGAUUGUGGGAAAUCAGACGAUGAGGAUGAAGUUUAG